AUGGAUUAUCAAGAUAGGUCUAAGAGGAAAAGUGACAACACUCUUGAGGUUGUAUGGCAGGAUGAUGUUCUUCUGUUUGACUAUAAUGUUCAAGAGCGGGUAAAUGAUUUUGUGGCUGCAGCCAUGGCUCCGGAUGGGCGUGUGAAUUAUGAACAUUAUGUUGUUAUGAGUUGUGUGAUAGGUUGGAUCAAAAUCAGAGGCAAAUGAUUUCAAAAAACCCUAAACGUAAUAUACGGACCCCACUUCCUUCCUUUUCUUCCCGCCAAAGUCAUAAACCCUCCUCUUCCCGUCGGCGAGACACACCACCACCGAAGCACACACAACACCGUCGAUCACAGUAGCAUUCCUUCCGAAAAAAAUUCAUUGACUGAUAUGGAAGGCGAGAGACGAGUGCUGGUGAUAGGCGGAACAGAUUCCCCUCUUUCUUCAGCUUCUGUCUUUGAAUUCUCCAUAGCUUCUCAUCCUCACCUCCUCAAGAUUGAUCCUUCUGCUCUUUCGAAGCUAUCUUCGUCUCCACCUUCUGGUCAUAAAUUUCAGCUAUCUCUUCCCGAUUUUCUUACCGCUGAGGAAGCCAGAGCUUCCAUUCUUGUCUUCUUGUCCAAGCACUUACGUGGUGGAUCCGGAUCGGGAUCCGGUUGUUUCUCCUCAUCUUCUGCUUCUCAGAUUGCCGAUAUCCUGAAUAAUAAUACUCAAACCCUAACUCUCGACCUUGAUGAUGACAUUCAUAUUUCAAAAGCUUGCUUGACAGAUAUUACUUCUAUUGGCAUCUCCACUCUCCUGGACUACACCGCUUCCUCAUUAACCAAAGUUGCUGAUGCUGUUGCUGCCUUGUCUUGUGAGGCCUUGAAGGCUGACACUUGCAGUGUUUUUAAUCUGUUCAUGGAUUCUGGUGAUGUACUGUAUGACAAAGAUAGAGCUGCUGUCGCUAGUGAUUUAAAGGUUUUGCUAAAUGGAUCCAAAUUACACAGUGAUCUUCAAUUUGACCAAGUUAAUAAGAUUCCCAUAAUCCAUGGGCAUUUGAGGUCUCUCUGCAAAUCAAUCAACACCUCUACUCGGAUUGAACUAAAUUCUAUCCCAUUACUAACUGGAGGUGUCAGCGAGUAUUUGGUCACACUCUUCUCCCCUCUAGCUUUUGCUCUUCAAGAUCUUGGUGAGAGUAGUUUUAUCCGACAGAGGCUUUGA